UUUUUAACCGUUAAACCUCAAGCAGAGCACCUGAGAGCAAUAUGCUCUGCUUCUCCCUCCGAAAAUGGCGAUCUCUGCUAAAACCCCACCAAUCCCUCUUCAUCCAAACCUUCCCACUUCUCUACACUCAAAAACCCACAAACCCAAAACCCUUAAUUUCUCUCAACUUCUCAAAACCCAUAACUGCUCUUUAACCAGGACCCAUGAAAUCUCUGUCCUCAGCACCAAUUCGAUUGACACCAGAGACCCCAAUUCACACAUAUGCGAACUAUGCCUUCAUGGACAACUCGAACAAGCUCUAAAAUGCUUAGAUUCGAUGCUAGAACUUCAGAUUACAGUUGAAGAAGAGACUUAUGUUGCUUUGAUAAAGCUCUGUGAGUGGAAACGAGCAGCUGAUGAAGGGUCUCGAGUCUACAGUUUUGUGUUGGAUUCGAAAACUCGUUUGAGUAUUCGACUCGGAAAUGCUUUGUUGAGUAUGUUUGUGAGGGUGGGUAAUUUGGUUGAUGCGUGGUUUGUGUUUGGGAGAAUGGAAGAGAGGGAUGUGUUUUCUUGGAAUGUCUUGGUUGGCGGGUAUGCGAAAACGGGUUAUUUCGAUGAGGCUUUGAAUCUUUAUCAUCGAAUGUUGUGGGCCGGGAUUAAAGCCGAUGUAUAUACUUUUCCUUGUGUUUUGAGGACUUGUGGGGGUGUACCGGACUUGGCUAGAGGUCGGGAGGUUCAUGUUCAUGUGAUUCGAUUCGGGUUUGAGUCGGAUAUUGAUGUUGUUAAUGCUUUGAUUACAAUGUAUGUGAAAUGUGGAGAUAUCUUUAGUGCGCGGUUGGUGUUCGAUAGAAUGCCUAGGAGAGAUAGGAUUUCGUGGAACGCUAUAAUUUCUGGGUAUUUUGAGAACAAGGAAUGUUUGGAAGGACUGAAAUUGUUCUUUACGAUGCGUGAACUUUCUGUUGAUCCGGAUUUGAUGACCAUGACUAGCGUGAUCUCUGCGUGUGAGCUUCUUGGUGAUGAGAGAUUAGGGAGGGCAAUUCAUGGUAACGUAGUGAAAACAGAGUUCGGGGUUGAUGUUACAGUGGAUAACUCCUUAAUUCAAAUGUAUUCUAGUGUUGGGAAUUUGGAGGAAGCAGAGAAAGUUUUUUCUAGAAUUGAGUCUAAAGAUGUGGUGUCAUGGACAGCGAUGAUUUCAGGUUAUGAGGAUAAUGGAUUGCCUGAUAAAGCUGUGGAAACCUAUAAAUUGAUGGAGCUUGAAGGUGUUGUGCCGGACGAGAUUGCUAUCGUCAGUGUUCUAUCUUCCUGUGCUUCUUUAGGUCUUUUAGACAUGGGUAUUAAGCUGCAUGACCUUGCCAAGAAGACAGGACUCAUAUCAUAUGUUAUCGUUGCAAACAUACUCAUUGAUUUUUAUUCCAAGUGUAGAUGCAUUGAUAAGGCAUUGGAAGUCUUCCACCAGAUUCCUGAUAAGAAUGUGAUAUCUUGGACAUCGAUCAUCAUUGGGCUUCGAAUCAACAACCGUAGCUUUGAGGCUUUGAUUUUUUUUAGGCAAAUGAAACUAAGGCUAAACCCCAAUUCUGUUACAUUGGUCUCUGUCCUCUCUGCAUGUGGUAGGAUAGGAGCUUUGAUGUGCGGAAAAGAGAUCCAUGCCUACGCAUUGAGAAUUGGAUUAGGGUUCGAUGGUUUUUUACCUAAUGCGGUCCUCGAUAUGUAUGUAAGGUGUGGAAGGAUGGGACCCACAUGGAACCAAUUUAACACACACAAUAAAGACAUAGCUUCAUGGAAUAUUCUUCUCACGGGCUAUGCCGAGCGGGGACAUGGAAUGCUUGCUAUGGAGCUAUUUGAUAGAAUGACAAAUUCAGGGGUAAAACCAGAUGAGAUAACAUUUAUUUCGCUAUUAUGUGCAUGUAGUAGAUCUGGCAUGGUGACUGAAGGUUUGGAGUAUUUCAAUAUCAUGGAACAUAAGCAUUGUGUUGUCCCAAAUGUGAAGCAUUAUGCUUGCAUUGUGGAUUUACUUGGCCGUGCAGGGAAAUUGGAAGAUGCUUAUGUGUUUAUUCAGGAAAUGCCUAUAAAGCCAGAUCCAGCCAUAUGGGGAGCCUUAUUGAAUGCAUGUAGAAUUCACAGGCAACUUGAGCUCGGGGAAGUUGCUGCUCAGCAUAUUUUUGAAAUGGAUGAAGAAAGUGUCGGGUAUUAUAUUCUCUUGUGUAAUCUCUAUUCUGACAGUGGAAAAUGGGACGAAGUCGCAAGACUGAGAAAGACAAUGAUAGAGAAAAAGCUUACUGUUGAUCCUGGAUGUAGUUGGGUGGAAGUGAAAGGAAAAGUCCAUGCUUUCCUUGGUGGUGAUGAUUUCCACCCUCAGAAAAAGGAAAUAAAUGCAGUUUUAGAGGGAUUUUAUGAGAAAAUGAAGGCGGUUGGUCUGAAUGAACCAGAAAUAAGUUCUACAGAAGAAGUUGAAGCUUCAAAAGCCGAGAUUUUUUGUGGGCACAGUGAGAGACAGGCCAUUGCAUUUGGGCUGAUAAAUACUAUUCCUGGGAUGCCCAUUUGGGUUACAAAGAAUCUCUACAUGUGUGAAAGUUGUCAUAAUACAAUCAAAUUUAUCUCUAAGGUAGUUCGAAGAGAGAUUUCUGUUAGGGACACAGAACAUUUUCACCAUUUCAAGGAUGGAGUCUGCUCUUGCGGGGAUGAGGGUUAUUGGGGAAAGACAUGAUAGGCAAGCGAGCUGAAGGAACUUCUAACUUUUCUUACUAAUCAAAAGAGAUACAGGUGUGUUACAUGUUCAGCAAAGCAGAGCACAACAACGACAACUUUCAAUUGAAAGAAGUCUAAAUGUGAGACGUAUAUUAAUCUUCAAGAUCGCUGCUUGACUUAUGUGAAAUGAAGGAGCUGCUUUUUCAACUUCUUAGUCAAUGCACCCAUUGAUGGGGAGAAUGACAUAGAAAGUCUUUGAGGUGUAGCACCAUUGGAAUUUCAGCUCUCAAUGGUGAAGUUCUGAUGAAUUUCUUCUCUUUUCCACAUAUGUAUACAUCUACUAAGAUUUUAUUCUUAGUGUGUUACUGGCUUUGGAAGAUAAGUGUACCGAAUUGCAAUAGAGGAUGCUUUGUUGUUGUACUUUUUGUCUUCAUUUAUAAUUUGUCAUCUUAUCACAGAAAGAUUUA